AUGGGCCCACCCUCGGAUAAAACCAAGUGUUAUAUCCCAUUAUCCGGUGGCGCAGAGGAUGGUUGGUCGAAAGACGACAAGGCCACGGCCACAUGUUACUGCGGAGCUGUGCAAUUAUCUUUCCCAACUCAAGGCCCAGGACUGAUUGAUACAUUCCUCUGUCACUGCACAGACUGCCGCAAAAUCACAGCAUCAAUGUUCGCAUCUAAUUUCAUCAUUUCUGACGCAUAUCUCGAGCACGUACGAGGUCGUGACGUCCUGACUGAAUUCAGCCAGUCGAAAACUAUCGCCUCCGGCAAAGCUAUGGCGAACUUCUUUUGCUCUAAGUGUGGAUCGCUGAUGUAUCGCGUUGGAGAGGCAUUCCCGGGAAGUAAGAUCUUACGUAUUGGGACUGUGGAUGAUUUCAAUUUACAUGAGACGAAGUUGAAGCCUAGGGUGGAACAGUAUGCAAAGGAUCGUGUGUCGUGGUUGUGUCGAGCGGAUGGUGUUGAGCAGGUUGAGGCGUCGGCGUAUAAGCCGAAAAUUUGA